UCCUACAUCUACACUUACAUCAGUAACGCCGACGACAACAGAAACACAUGCGACAUCAGAUACUCCUACAUCUACGUUUUCAUCAGUAACGCCGACAACUACAGAAACAACAGUUACACAAAAGACAUCCGAAACUCCUACAUCUACGCUUACAUCAGUUAUGCCGACAAAGACAGAAACAUCAGAUAAACCUACAAAUACAGAUACCUCUGUUACAACAACAACUAAAGAUCUUUCUGUUACAUCUAUGAUUACAGAAAGCUUUGUGAAACAAGCAACUGUAGAUACAUUGUUUACACCGACAAUUACACCAUUAAUUACAGAACCUGUGGUAAUAUCAACCACAGAUUCGUUGAUCACAACAUAUCAAGCUGUUGCAUCUGCUACCUCAAGAGCCGAUUUAACAGAUGCAUUUAUAUCAACUACAGAUGAAUAUAUUACACCAACAAGAACAUAUCACCAUAUCACACCAACAAAUACAGACCAUUAUCUCACACCGACAAGAACAGAUCAUUAUAUCACACCAACUAGAACAGAUCAAUAUAUAACACCAACAAUUGCAGAUCAUUAUAUCACACCGACAAGAACAGCUCAAUAUAUCACAGCGACAACUCCAGAUGAAUAUCUUACAUAUACAGCAACAGAUCAAUAUAUAAAACCAACAACAACACAGACGGUCGCAAACCCAACCGAUACCAUUGUUAAUUUCUUACAAAAAGCGUCACCAUCAUCAUCGUUGUCAUCAUCGCUGUCGACACCUACAGAUACAACCAAGACAAGAGCAGGAUCAUCACACUAUUAUCAUUCCGAUACCGUUAGCACUUCUGGCAUUAACAUAAAUCCUACCGAUGCAGCCAGUGUAAACGUGAGCCCUACGAAACCGUACUCUUCGGACCAUCUUUUGCCGAGUGUUUUAUCAUAUAUAAUGGAAACAUCAGCAUAUAAAUUUACGAGCAGUACUGCUGAACCAUUCCCUUUUAGUAGAACCGAUAUACUGACAACGCCCGACGUUGUGCAAAUAACGGGAGGCGAUUCCCAUACUUCCGAUUUAAAGCAGACAUCAAUUGAUUCUUCAUUACAAGCUUCUGUGACACUAGAAGCAAAACUAACCUUAUCUACGCCUUCCUCGAUUCCUCUCCCUUCCAAAUGCCUCUCAUCUGUAUUGUCAUCCAUACCAUCAGUGAUAUCAUCCUCUUGUAGACGGCGUCAGAAAUGUCCUUGUAGGCGUAUGAAAGCCACAAAGACGACCGCUAACUUAACUGUAGCAGCCGUGGCGAAGGCCAUGGAGAAAACGAAGGAGAAACUGACUGUUGACAAAUCCACUCUGUCGUCUAGUGUCCGGAAGAAGACUAGUGCAAUCGACUCCAGGCCAUCUGCAACUACCGUUGGAUAUAUUGGUAUAUUUAUUUUAGUGUUACUCGCUCUAAUUGUUAUCAUAAUGGAUGUUGUAAGCUUUGUGAGAUCGCCCGAGAGGUAUUAUAAAACGUCAAAGAGGAAGAAGAAACAGAAGAAAAAGAAACGGAGUGGCUGGGUUUAAAGUACAGGUUGUAAAACAUAAAUGAUCUCUUUUGAUAGAAGCAGAAUUGGAAUGCUUUUCUAACAUCAUGUUAAAAAGGGUUUGACAGAAAUUGCCUUAAUGCAUUUUAUAUCAAACGAAGCUUUUAUAAAAAAUGACCUGCAUUAUAUCAAAUGGAUUUGGCGUUGACACAUUUAGCAAUAUUGAAUAAAAUCAUUUGUUUUCAAUGCUAAGAGUUCUAACGAGGUGAGAUAUUGUAAAUACGGACUGCCCAUAUCAAUUAUUUUUAUUUGUAGUGAUAACAUCUGAGUACGUUGUUUUACUAUAUAAACUUAAAUAAUUUAUCAGAAAGUUUCACUUAAGUUUGGCUCCUUUGUCCACACUUAUAGUUUCGUUGUAACGUCUCAUUCGCACCAGUAACAUAUAUAAUACAACAAGUUCCUAAUGGUUGUUUGUGUUGUUUCUGUAGUUGUUGAUUGUCAUUCAAUAUAGCCUUUGAUGUUUAUAAAGAUUACCGAUAAUUUAAUAUUUAAUACUUCAGUCACUAGUAUCCAAAAUAGAUUUUUAUCAACAUAUCGACAAACCAAUGGCGUGUUUAAUGUUGUCGUUGUACACAACUCGCAAUACUGACAUUAUCAAUACAGUAAAGCUUCGAUAUAAUGUCCCUCGUUUCUUUUGCC